AACGGAAGCAACGUCAUUUCGCCGAAGCGCAUGUCGGGAUACAACCAACAACACCAGAUGCCAUUCAGUCUCUUAAUUCAAUGAGUAUCCGUGGGGAAUGGAUUCUGAGAAUCUGAACUGCGCCAUCUGCAUAGAAAAGUUCCGAGUGCCCGUGACCAUACCUUGCGGACACACCUUCUGUAAGGACUGCAUCACUAAUUUCUGGGACACCAGGGCGCAGAGCGUCAGCCCACAGUGUCCGAUCUGCAAGGAGCAGUUUCCGAACAGGCCACUGCUGAAGAGGAAUUACUCCCUGUCCCUGUUGACAGAAGCCACGGUGUCCAGAGAGGUGCAUCCGGUAUCCAGGUUAGUGGAACCGGAGCCGGAGAGAGAGCUCUGCACUCGGCACUCCAAGCCGCUGGUCAUCUACUGCAGGUCGGAAGGGAUAUGUGUGUGUUACGAAUGUUCCAUCACCGCCUGCAAGAGCCAUGACCAAGUGCUAGUGGAGGAGGAGAGGAAAAACCGAGAGACACUACUGAAUAAGAAGCAAGUUGACAUCAAAAGACAGAUGGACGAGACGGAGAGGAGCAUGCAGAAGCUUCAGGACAACAUCGCCUCUGCACAGUUGUCCUACCAGCAGACGGCGCAGGUGAUGGACUCUCGGUUCGAUGCACUGGUGAAGGUGCUGGAGGAGAAGCAGCAGGCGCUGCGGAGCUACGUGGCCCAGGAACAGGAGGCCGUCAUCGGCCAGGCGCAGGCACAGCUGGCCUCGCUGGAGGACCAACAGCACAGGCUACAGCAGAGCCACGAACACACCUCCACACUCAGGAGCCUGCCAGACACCAAACUCAUACAGGGUACUCGUGAGCUGGCGCGUGACUCUCGGCAUGCAGAGGUGGCGGUGGUGCAUGAGCCCUCUUUGGACCCCUCUGUCCAUCUACAGGAGAGACUCAGCGGCGUCAUGGACAUACUCAACAAGAUCUCCAGACUGGUGCUGGAGGACCUGGUCAAGGCCAUGGAUACCGCCAUCGCACAGGACAAAGAGGGCUCCCCCCAGGAUAAGAAGCCGACCCUGGCUGUGGUGCCAAGUCCUGCCACCCCCUCUUACCCCGGACGCAGAGAGGGGCUCAGCGAGUAUCGCUGCUCUUUGACCUUUGACCCGCGCACGGCCAACUCUAACCUGCAGCUGUCGCAUAGCAACCGUCGUGCGGAGCACCUGACGUCGGGGCCGCGGCCCGUGCCGGCCGACAAGGCUCGCUUCGACCACACCUGGCAGGUGCUGUGCCAUGAGGGAUUCGCCAGGGGGCGCCACUACUGGGAACUGGAGGUAUCUAAGCCGUGGGCGUACCUGGGGGUGACGUACCAGUCGAUUCCUCGUAAGGAGAAGGGCCGCCAGAGCAUGGUGGGCAUGAACGCCCUCUCCUGGAGCCUGCAGCUGGACGAGCGGCAACUCAGCGCCUGGCACGCCGGCCGCCGGGAGACCGUCUCGGGCAUGGUGCCCUCCGCGCCAGCAGGGGGCAGUGCUGGCCACUCUCCGCAGCCGGUGCGCGUGGGCAUGCUGCUGGACUACGAGGCAGGCACGCUGACGUACUACGGGGAGGGCCAGAGCAGGCUGCACGCCUUCCACUGCGCCUUCACACACGAACUGUUCCCCGCCUGCUGGAUUGGGGAGGGAGUCAGCGUCACGCUGUGCACACCCUGACACGGGCACGAGAUUGGGGGGCGGCGUCAUACCAAGCGGGUUUGGGGAGGGAGUGAUGUCACACCCUGACAUGGGCAUCAGAUGGUGGGUGGGUGGGGUUGCUACAUUGUGUACACCAUGACAUGGGCAUGAGAUUGAGGGUGGUGUCACGCCAGGUUGAAGGUGGGCAUCAGACUUGUCAUCAGAACUGUUCCCCUGGGCAUGGGAUGGGAAGGGAUCAGAUUUUGGGGGGGCGGGGGGAACUUUAAUCCUGAGGGGUCAGGUGUGCCCUGACUGGGGGUGAUGAGAAGGACAAAUCACACCACACUACACAACAAAGACUUCUUACCCCUGGUUUUGGACUGAGGUGUCUGAAAGACAAUCGUUUCUGAACACACACACACACACACACACACACACUUGUGCUAAUCCCAGCACAAGAAAAAAAAGGGAUAUUGUGCAUCGCAACUGUGAAUUGUUAAAAAAAAAAAACAUACAUUCACAAAAAAGAAAAAAAAACCCAGCUGUACCAACCUCAACAAUACAUACCGGUACAAUACAACAUGCACAUCUCCUGAAACAUACACAAUCUCAUGUCUCCUGCUAAAACGCAAUCCCACAUCUUCUGGUAGAGAAAAGACAAUCUCUGCAUAGCAACCACAAUGAGAAAAAGACAAGCAUAUGUAAUGACAUGUGAACUCUUGAGGACAAACUCAAUCUUGGGUCUCCAUUGAGGACAUUCACAAUCUCAAACAUAAACAAACAUACGUACAAACAAACAAGCAAACAAUAGAAACACAAUCUCCUGUUGAAACAUCCACAAUCUCCUGUUGGAAAAAACAUCCACAAUCUCAUGUCUCCAUUGAGGACAUUCACCAUAUCAAACAUACACACACGGAUUCAAACAAACAUGAGAAACCUCCACAAUCUCCUGUUGAAACAUCCACAAUCUCCUGUUGAAACAUCCACAAUCUCCUGUUGAAACAUCCACAAUCUCCUGUUGAAACAUCCACAGUCUCAUGUUUCCAUUCACCAUCUCAUAUCUCAAGCAGUAUUAGCAUCUCCAUGCCCGUUCCCUCCUGAGGUACGAUUGGCACUCCUUUACGUACAUACUGUACUGUAUGUUGGCACUUGAACCCCCUGUUUACGCCCCCCUGGCACUCAUUUACACUGGCACAAAACCUGUCUGUAACUCCCAGCACUCCUUUGUGUUGGCACGAAACCAGUAACUUGGUACGAAACCCACCUGUGUCAUCCCCCGACACUUUCUUUAAGUUGGCACGAAACCUAUCUACCGUAUAACCCCUCAGCGCUCCUUUUUUGUUCGCACCCGACAUUUCUUUGCCUUUUCUUUAUUUUCUGGGGGCAGAACAACAUUGCACUUGAGAGCAUCAGCUAUGAGACAGUGACUUGUGAAACACACACACACACACACAAAUAGAACCAUCCAUACCGAUACAGAACUGUUCAUACACACUCGCACGAGCGCACACACACACAUGCACACAGAAUCGUACAAAAUAUGCUGGAAUUUGUCCCAAUCAUUCCUUUCUCCUUCUCCAAUAGUGUGUUCUGCUCCACACGACUGUACAGUGUUGACUCCCUGGAACAACCAAGCAUCCAGCACACACAAUAGGCUGGAUGGAAACAAGAAAUAAAACAAAUAAAUGAACUGAUGUAAUAAAAAAAACAGACACA